UCCCCCAGCAGCUUCCAUGGUGGCGUCCAUGUCCUUGCAGUCCCCGCUCUCUCCUCGCCGCAGGUUUCCUGCGGGUGCCCAGGACGUCUCGCCCUGCCCCGCUGCUGGGGCGCCGCCCGCCUGCGCCGACGUGGCGGAGCGCACAGGUCGACCGGGUCAGGUGGUUGGGUGACGCCCCGGGAAAGCGCUCCCAGCCGCAGGCUGGUGGCUACGCCGCGCCCGACGCCUCCGGGGGAGGGGACUUCGCGGGCGGAGGCGAGGAGGAGCGCGGCGCGGCGCGGCGCGGCGCGGUGGUGGGCGGGCGAUCGGAGCAGGAACAGGCUGCGGACAGCAGAGAUACCGAGGACUGGAGCCAUGGACCGCAGCGAGCAAGGUCUGCUGAGAACAGACCCAGUGCCUGAGGAAGGAGAAGACGUUGCUGCUACAAUCAGUACCACAGAGACCCUGUCAGAGGAGGAGCAAGAAGAGCUGCGAAGAGAACUUGCAAAGGUGGAAGAAGAAAUCCAGACUCUGUCUCAAGUGUUAGCAGCAAAAGAGAAGCAUCUAGCAGAGAUCAAGCGGAAACUGGGAAUUAACUCACUACAAGAAUUAAAGCAGAAUAUUGCCAAAGGAUGGCAAGAUGUGACAGCAACAUCUGCAUAUAAGAAGACAUCUGAAACCUUAUCUCAGGCUGGACAGAAGGCAUCAGCUGCCUUUUCAUCUGUUGGCUCAGUCAUCACCAAAAAGCUGGAAGAUGUAAAAUUCCAAGCCUUUUCACAUUCCUUUAGUAUACGCUCCAUUCAACAUUCAAUUAGCAUGCCUGCUAUGAGAAACUCCCCAACUUUCAAGUCAUUUGAAGAAAAGGUUGAAAACUUAAAGUCUAAAGUAGGGGGAACCAAGCCUGCUGGUGGUGAUUUUGGAGAAGUCUUGAAUUCGACUGCAAAUGCCAGUGCCACCACCACGGAGCCUCUUCCAGAACAGACACAGGAGAGCCUGUGAGAUUCCUACCUUUGUUCUGCUCCCCACUGCCAGAUGCUGGGAAGGAGAUCCAAGUACAUCUUGUCAACAUUCAUUGCCAUGGAUUUCUACCAGAUGUGCUUUUUAUUUAGCAUUAUAUAUUCCUCUUACCAAAUACUUUGUGGAUUGCUCAAAAUAAAAAAUAUCUUCACCUCUGUUCCUGAGAAAUAACCAUUAAUGUGCACUUAAGGCCCUUUAUUUAAAUAUCACUCUGAAAAUGCAUGUAGUACCUGGGGACUCUCACUAGAAUGAUCGAAGAAACUGCAGGUUGUUGUAAUUACUUUCCCACUUUAGUUGUUCUGGGUCUGGGAUCCAGAUCCAUUUUGUCUUUGUCUUGCAUAUAAUUUUUUUUUCUUUUUUAUCCUUUUUGAACUUCUGAAUAUUUGAUUUAUAACUGAAGUUGUACUUUAAUUUUUUUCAAUCCUGGUUAUUAACAUUUUUGACAUCAUUUUCUUUAUCUUGAAGGGAAGAAUUGCCAGCAAGAAAAAUAUUUUUGAAUAAGUAUUAUUUUAAUAUAAGGUGUCAUAGAUCUUGGAUGUCUGAAGACACCAGAUUAAAAUAAAUCAACUUGAUAUAAAUUGGUUUUAGUUUUGUAAGUGAUUAAAAUGUACAGUAAUUCAGACUUGUAGGUGACUUGAAAACGGAGCAUUCAUAUCUUUUGUUUACCACCCAUUUGUAAGAGUGACUAUUUCAAUGUACAUUGAUUGUUUUUCACCAGAUUAAAAGUUACUUUCAGAGCAAGUUGACAACUCACCUAAUCAAGCAUAUUUUAUUAGUAAUAUUUUGAAUACUUUCUUCAAAUGGCCAGAUGAAAAGCUUCUAAAAGGUCUUUUGUUUCUUUUCCUUUCCUUUUCUUUUUUAGAUCUAGGUAGCUGUAGAAGUGUUAAAAUUAAUCAUGUUAAGGGAAACAUCACUGUCUUCAUCUGAUCCAUUUAGCACUAUCAAAAUAAGCACAUAAGGUUAUUUGACUAGUAUAACCUGAAAACAUUUAUACUAAGGGUUUGGUGGUAGCCCUUUAGGGUAUAAUUCACUAAUAAAAACAAACUCAUAAUUUUCUACUUACUUGCUUUUAAUAUGUUAGAAAUCACAACUUAAUACUCUAGACAUUGCCCACCUCACUCCCCUUCCUACUUUGAAAAUUUCAGGGCUAAAUGAACCAAGGUGUUUGGACAUGUCUGCAUUGAGAUCAUGGUACUCUCUUAAUCUAGUAUCUAUCUACUUACUCAUCACCACUACUUUCUUCUAUGCUAUGUAUGGUUAUUGCCUACAUUGUAUUUUAUAUUUACCGAGGUGUGAUUGUUUUUAUUAUUGUUUAUGCCAAAUGUUUAUUGCCAAGAUGGGAUGACAUAAAGCAUUUUUCAAAGCAUGAUUAGAUUUACUUCAGGGUAAAUUAUCUUAUAAAGAAACAGAUUUGAAAAGCUACAAAUGUCGACUGCUAUAAAUUAACAUGUUACCACCCUGAUGGCUAGAGCUUUUGUUAGCACUUUAGAUGCAACUAGAACUAUACUCUAUUAAUGUGAAAAACUUAAUAAAUUGUGUGUACCACUA